CAACAACAACAGCAACAACAGCCGACCAAUAAUCAAAUAGUAAAUUACGCACUUCAUUGAAACUAACAAAACGCAAUUGAAAAAAAAAAACAAAUAAAUAAAUAUAUAAAAAUAAACAUUAAAAAGUAAUUGCGGAUGAUCUACAAUACUAGCAGCAACGAAAACAACGUUGUUAACAUUAACAGCAGCUUUAGUACAGCAAUUACAACAUUUAGCUUAUAACCGAAGGAGAAAGAAAGAAAGAAAGGGAGAAAGAAAGAAAGGGAGAAAGAAAGAAAAGGAAGAAGAAAAAGAAGCAAAACCACACAUAAUGCUAGCAUUCACUUUAUUUAUGCUUGUAAGUCAUAUUUUACUAAAUGUGACUUAUAGCACGCGUCUACCAUUGGAAGUUUACGAACUGACACCUUCUGGUAUCGCCGGUGUCACUGAAUUAAAACAUAAGAAUUUAGAAUAUUCAACCGUCGACGGUGAUACUUUGCGAUCGUCAACAGCGAUACAUGUCCAACAUUUGGCCACUAAAGGACCGCAAAAUACAUCGUCGCAAAAGCAUAUAAGUCACAGCAAUAAAGAUGAGACCAAAGAUUCCCUUAUACAACAAUUGCAAUUGGAUCGUAGGAGAUCAAGACAAAUGUUAGAUAUUAUGAAACAGCAACAACAUCAUGUUGAAGCAUCCUCCCAGCAUAAGUUACAUACAAAUUUACAUCAUUUAAAGGAUGUACGCAUAUUAUAUCAAGUCGGUGACUCUGAAGGCGACUUGCCAGUGUGCGCACCAUAUGCUGUUUGUUCGAAAAUAGAUCUUUAUGAGACGCCUUGGAUAGAGCGCCAGUGCCGUUGUCCCUAUAAUAAUAGAUCGCCGGAAAUAGUUAUACAUCAUCAUCAUAAGGACCCUCAACAUGUCAAUCAUAAUAAUGAAAAAUAUCACAAUUAUUAUGAGCAUAAUCGAAUGCUACAUCCGUCAAAGCAUUUAUUGCUUACGGGAGAUUUUACCGACAAAAAAUUUGACAAUUUACAUUUGAAGAAGCUAAUGCAUAAACUGGGAGCCGUCUAUGAAGAUGAUUUGCAUUUCGCGAUGAACGAUUACGGUAUAAUCGAUGAAGAGAACUCUGCCUUGCCGGAAUCUGAGGAGAAGAGUGCUUCUUUUUAUAAGGACUAUCAUGAAAUGAAAGAAUAUGGAACGGAAUAUGGCUUAGGAAAAUUGAGAAGAUCGCAUCUUCAUAACAACAACAUGGCUCAUAUGCGUCAUUCGGGUCAUAUAAAUGCUCAUCAGGCGAUAACAUAUAUUGGCGGUUGUCCAAGCGGUUUAGGUAUAGAGGAUGGUCACACCAUAGCCGAUAAGACGAGACAUUAUAAAAUGUGCCAACCAGUACAUAGACUGCCAGUGUGUAGACAUUUUCGUGAUUACACAUGGACUCUGACCACUUCGGCCGAAUUAAAUACAACCGAACAAAUAGUACAUUGCCGUUGCCCCAAAGCUUCGGUAACCUAUUUAACUAAACGGGAACCCUUAGAAGAUGGCGUUCUCGGAUAUCGUUAUCUAUUCGCGUGUUCUCCUUUAACGCGUCUACGAUGUCAACGAAAACAACCUUGCAAAUUAUUUACGGUACGAAAACGUCAAGAAUUCAUUGAUGAAGUUAAUAUAAAUUCAUUGUGCCAGUGCCCGAAGGGUCAUCAUUGCCCGACACAUCACACUCAGUCAGGCGUUAUAGCCGGCGAAACAUUUUUAGAAGAUAAUAUACAAACUUAUUCAGGCUAUUGCAUGGCUAACGAUUGAUUUCAAACACAUUUACUAAUCUAGGCAUUUUAUUAUACCUUAGGUAUUCUGGAUUAAGUUAUGUUUUUAUUUUUCAUUUUUCAUUUUUCAUUUUUCAUUGUUU